AUGGCGUGGGGACGCUGUUUGCGUGAGCGCCCACAUCGAACAUGGGAUGUCAUCGGCUUAGCCAUCGUGGGGGCACAUGGGUGGGGGGGGNCCCCGGAGAGCCCGGGGGGGACCCCCGACGGGGCGCCCGCCUACCGCCUGCAGGACUUCGACACGCUGGCCACCGUGGGCACUGGCACGUUCGGGCGGGUGCAGCUCGUCAGGCAGAAGACGGCCAAGCGUUUCUUCGCCUUGAAGGUCAUGAGCAUCCCAGACGUCAUCCGCCUGAAGCAGGAGCAGCACGUGCACAACGAGAAGUCGGUCCUGAAGGAAGUCAGCCACCCGUUCCUGGUCAAGCUGUUCUGGACGUGCCACGACGAACGCUUCCUGUACAUGCUGAUGGAGUUUGUGCCCGGCGGGGAGCUCUUCAGCUACCUGCGGAACCUAGGGCGGUUCUCCAGCAACGCCGGGCUCUUCUACUCGGCCGAGAUCGUGUGUGCCAUCGAGUACCUGCACUCCCGAGAAAUCGUCUACAGGGACCUGAAGCCGGAAAACAUCCUCCUGGACCGAGACGGUCACAUCAAGCUCACCGACUUCGGGUUCGCCAAGAAACUGGUAGACAAGACGUGGACCCUCUGUGGGACGCCCGAGUACCUGGCCCCCGAAGUCAUCCAGAGCAAAGGUCACGGCAGAGCGGUGGACUGGUGGGCGCUGGGCAUCCUGAUAUUCGAGAUGCUGUCGGGGUUCCCUCCGUUUUUUGAUGACAAUCCAUUUGGCAUUUAUCAAAAAAUCCUUGCCGGCAAAAUAGAUUUCCCCAGACAUUUGGAUUUCAAUGUAAAAGACCUCGUUAAGAAACUUCUUGUUGUUGACAGAACACGGCGCCUCGGGAACAUGAAGGUCAGUGUUUGCGCCCCGAUCUGGUACGUGGUUUCCGUGAGGAGUCCCUGUUCCUUGAUGCUGUAUGUUUCCACUUAUAGAUAGAAACAAAGGCAUACGAUUCGUGUUGAAUCGUCGGCUGAAUUUCAAACCUGCUCUGAAAAAAAUCCAGCGGGCUCUACACCCCGUCUUCUCCUCACUCCAUGUGAGCACAUGACUCCACAGUGAUCUAUAAGUGAUCGCUUAUGUUGUGCAUUUAGUUUCACUUUUUAAAUAGCAUCAUUGAGACCCAAUUCGCAUGAAAUUUACCCACUGAAAGUGUACAGUCCAGUUGCUUCUAAUAUAUUUGUGGAGUCGUGCCGUCAUCACGACGGUCGGUUUUCAAGGACAUUUUCAUCACCUCUGCAAGGAACCCUGUAAUCCUUAAGCUCACUCUCAGUCCCAGUGGGGACAACUCAG